UUAAAAAAUAUACUAUGAAAUCAAACAAAGAAAAUACACAAACAAUUUUGGAAUCAAAUUUUGUACAAAAAAAUAGAAACUUAGCACAAUCUAAUACUAAAAUAUUGAAAAAUGAAAAAAAAGAACAAAUUAAAACAUUAUCAUUUUAUAUUGAUAUAGAAAAAAUACGUUCAUACAAUGUUAAAGAGAUAGAACUAAUUUGGAAAGCUUGUCAUUCCCAAAAUGACCAUAGCCUUUGUGGAUUAAUACCUUCUCAAAAAUUUGAAAUAAUGGAAAAAAAUGCAAAAAAAUACAACAUGUUUAUUCUUCCUAUAAAUCAUGCACAGGGUAUAGAAAUGCAUUUUCUUCAAUGGUUCUUUGUAAAUGAUUUUACUAAAUACAUACUUAUUACUUCCCUUUUAGAAUAUAAAGCUAAAGGAGAGUUUGCAAGACCACAUACAUUUAUAUCUUAUUAUACAGACCUAUCUUCAGACAAAAAUAUAGUGUUAAUGAAAGGAGAACUUGAGAAAAAUAGAGGAAUAACAAUGAAUGACCUUAGAAUAAUAAUAUUUCAGAUUGAAAUUUUCUUUUCUGCAACUGAAGGUAAUCAAAAAAAACCAACUCAGAUUAGAACUUCUAAAGAAAUUUAAUACUGGAGAAGAUUUUAAUAUAUCUACUUUAAUUA